GAGGGACAAAUUGACCUAACUAUAUUUAUUUAUUAUAUAAAAUUAAAAGUUAAUUUAAAAUGUUAGCGCUCGUCAAUCUAAGCUUGACCCGUUACGACCCCUCCCCACCCUUCCGCGCCGUGCGCGACGCGUGCGAAGGUCCCGCCACGUGUGUCACACAUUCGCGCCACGCGUCCCCACACGCACCGCCCCUACAAUCUUCGCACCUCGUUAUAAAAUCCUUCCCUCUCUACGCUCUUCGCACUCACAACCCUUUCAAUUUUGAUGCUCUCAUCAUCUCUCGCAGUUCACAAGAGAACUCCACUAAUACUCGCCGCCGCCGCUGCUUCUGCUGCUUCUGCUUUUCAUCUUUCAUCUUCCCAUCUCUACACAAACAGCAUUGCUGCUGCUGCUGCUGCUCGAAGCUGCCAUUUUCGUGCGGCGAAGAAAAGUAGUGGUAGAGAGAUUUAUCGCGAGAAUUCCGCGGGUGCGCCGCGGCGACGGCCUUCUUGUUCUCCAAGAGGAGAGGCUUUUGCGGUCGCGAGAAGCUGCAGCAUGGCUUCGGGGGGCGCCGCAGGCAGCCAGAAGUUCCCGCCGCAGAUGCAGGAGCGGCAGCCGGGCAAGGAGCACGCCAUGGAGCCGACGCCGCAGUACACUUCCCCUGACUACAAGCCCGCCAACAAGCUCCAGGGGAAGGUGGCGGUGGUGACGGGGGGCGACUCCGGCAUCGGCCGCGCCGUCUGCUACUGCUUCGCGCAGGAGGGCGCGACGGUGGCCUUCACCUACGUCGAGUCGCACGAGGACAAGGACGCCAAGGACACGCUGCAGAUGCUCCGGGACAUAACGAAGAAGCACGGGACGACCGCCCACGCGAAGGAGCCGAUGGCGAUCCCCGCCGACCUCGGCUGCGAGGAGAACUGCAAGAGGGCGGUCGACGAAGUCGUCGGCGCCUACGGCCGCGUCGACGUCCUCGUCAACAACGCCGGCGAGCAGCACGUGAAGGAAUGCAUCACCGAGAUCACCGCCGAGCAGCUCGACCGCGUCUUCAAGACGAACAUCUACUCCUACUUCUUCAUGGCCAAGCAUGCGGUGAAGCACAUGACGGAGGGGGGGAGCAUCAUCAACACGACGUCGGUGAACGCGUACAAGGGGAACGCGAAGCUCCUCGACUACACGGCGACGAAGGGGGCGAUCGUGGGGUUCACGCGCGGCCUGGCGCUGCAGCUGGCGGAGCGGGGGAUCCGCGUGAACGGCGUCGCCCCGGGGCCGGUGUGGACGCCGCUGAACGUCUUCCUCGCCUCCUUCGCCGACUCCUCCUACAUCUCCGGCCAAGUCCUCCACCCCAACGGUGGUGUGAUUGUGAAUGGCUAGAGAACAAAGUGUUCAGCAACACCUGUAAAGGUUUAAAGUUCGAGAGAGGGAGUUUUUGGUUUUAAUAAUAUGUAUGAUAUGGAAUAAUAAUAAUUAUUAUUAUAAUAAUAUUAUUAUAAAUCUAGUGACAUGUGGACUAAAAUAUAAUGUUUCAGCUAUGUUGGUUUGUUGUUGUAGUUCUCAAAUUGUGUGUCAAUUAAAUAUGGUGUAUGGGCAUAAUAAGUAAAGUUGUUAUCAAGAAUCUCUUUUC